AUGGAGGCUCGUACGAUGGUCUGUGAUCCGGCGCAGCCUCCUCAGUCUACACCAAAUAACGAACCACCUCAACCGGACAAGAAGAAGCGCGUUCGCCGAUGGCAUCACCGCGGGUUCACCGGCUGCUCGACCUGUCGCAGACGCCACGUUCGCUGCGAUGAAGCCUCUCCGACCUGUCGGAACUGUACUCGACUGGGACUGGAAUGCGAUGGAAGUCAGGGACGGAUGACAUUCAAGGUCUAUGGACCUCCAGCGCCGCCGAACGGGCAAUCAAGUUCACCGACGAAACGGGAGAAAUCGAAAUCGAGGGCGGGCCAGAAACAAGUCAAGAAGGAAGAUACGGAUGUGGAAGGCGUGGUGGUCUCGCCGACGACUUUUCCCGAUUCCAAACCGUUGGUGUUCCGGUUCGAGAACCCGAUCAUCGGACCGUCUGUUGCCUCUAUACCCGAUGAUGAAAAAGGGAAAGUGAAGGAAGAGCCUGAGGAUGAGAAGUUGGUGCUCGCACGGACGGCGGGGAAUGUGAAACCGAUCGAGUACAUUUUCGAGCACCACAAAUUACCAUCGUCAUUGGACUGCCUGCAGGGCCGUUAUUAUACACAUUUCGUUAACGAAGUCGCUACGCUUUUACUCAUUUACGAUACUUCCACCAAUGUCAAUCCGUUUCGACGAUGCUUUCCCGACGUGUCUCAAUCUUCGGUGUCGAUGGCGAGCGCUAUGGAAGCUCUGGGGGCCCUGCACCUUGCAAACACGUCAACCGGCCCGCAACGGAAUGUGCAUUUCCAACAUGCUAUGGGCAAGUACGGCGAGGUCGUCAAGUCGUUUAGGACGAGGUACGAAAUUGGCCAGCGAUCACGGCUUCCAGAUUUCGCGACCUGUCUGCUGUUAGCUCUGUUUGAGAUGAUGGACUCACAACAUCACAACUGGGCCAUUCAUCUGAAAGGCGCCCGCGAGAUCUACCGAUGGAUGUUCUACCCAAACCCCGACCCAACCCUCGAAGCCCAGCGCGUCGCAGAAAUGAACCACCCUCUUCGGCGCUUUCUCGUUUCGCUCCUGUCCUACCUCGACGUAGCCGGGGCAUGCGCCACCAGCGACGGCACUGUCGUCGAAGGAAGCUACUGGCGAACGCUCGGCGGCGGCUGGGAAUACAACCUCGGAAUACCCAGUCUCUCGGAACCAGCCACCGACAACGGCCUACUCCUCGAACUGCGCCAAUGCUGGUCUAUCAUGAUGGAAAUACAGGCCUCCAUCAGCUCGUUCGGUAAAGCAAAGCAGUCGGGCUGGAUGACGCCCGAGCAGCAGGAUCUCAUGUACCAAGAGCUUUUACAGCGAUUAGUGCAGUGGCGCCUCAACGCGCCGGAGUGCCUACAGAAGUUAGGAGAUCUAGACGACGUCAGUCUAGCGCAGUACCCGCACCCUGAUGUUUUGGAGUAUGUUGGCUGCAUUGAAGCCUACGAAAAAGCGACAAAUAUCUACCUGCACAAAGUCGCAGCCGCUGCGCGGCCGGAUCUCGAGCCCCAACGAGACCUCUUAGCCGCUUUCUGCACCAGGAUUCUUGCGCUCAUCAGCAAGUUAGCGAAAGGCGUCGGGCGGCUGGCCGCCACUUGGCCGCUCUUCAUUGCAGGACGGGAGAGCCGGGAUGAGUGCGAGCAGAAAUUUGUCCGCGAGACGAUGAUUGAUAUGCAGCGGUACGGGUUUAAGAACGUCGAGAAGGGUCUUGAAGAACUUGAGAAGGCGUGGUUCAAGCGGCGAGCCUUCCCUGAGGACUGGGUUGACACGAUGGAGGACGUUCGCUCGUCGAUUCUUCUUCCCUAA